AUGUCCACCCAUUCGUACAAAAAAGCAGACGCGUAUUCCGGGUCGCUGUCGGGGGUUCCCGAUAAAAUGACGGUGUUCCAGGAGUGUCUACAACUGUUCAAUGCGUCUCCUGUUAACGCCGCCAAGUGCCGCAAGUUGUUGGCUCGAUUGUUGAGUUUGAUCUACCACGGAGAAACUUUCCCUUCAAACGAGGCCACCACCCUUUUCUUCUCCAUUUCGAAGUUGUUCCAGCACAAGAACACUGCGCUUCGUCAACUUGUUUACUUGACGAUCAAAGAGCUCAGUGCGACGUCGCAGGACAUUUUGAUGGUGACUUCGUCGAUUAUGAAAGACAUCCAGUCCGGCGAGUUGGUGUACAAACCCAAUGCCAUCCGGACUCUUUCUAAGGUGUUGGACCCAACCACUGUUUCAGCAUCCGAACGUCUUUUCCGUAAUUGUUUGGUUGACAAAAAUCCAAUUGUGUCGUCUGCUGCGUUGAUAUCUACCUACAAUUUGCUCCCAAUUGCAAAGGACGUGGUGAAACGCUUUACCAAUGAGGCAUUGGAAACGGUGCUGCUGUACAAACAAUUUCCAGCAGACCAAUUCCUGCUUCACGAGUACUAUGGUCAUCUGACUACCAACUUGCCAGCGACCUCGUAUAUGUACCAGUACCAUGCGCUAGGCUUGUUGUAUCACUUGAGAAAUCACGAUAGAAUGGCAUUGAUGAAGUUGAUUACGUCUUUGGCCGAUUCCGGUACCUUGAAGAAUUCGUUGGCUAUCAUCCAGUUGAUUCGGUAUAUCAAUAAGAUCUUGGCCGACGAUCCAUCGCUCAUCAACCCGUUGUAUCCACUUCUCGCGGGUUUCCUUAAGAACAAGAGCGACAUGGUCGAGCUUGAAGCCUGCAGAACUCUCAUUGGUGUUCAGCACUUGAUUAAGGAAGACCAAUUUAUGAAUGUGGUGUCGACUUUACAAAAACUUCUUGGUGUUCCUCGCACCGCCACCAGGUUUUCUGCUAUUCGCUUAAUUAACAAAAUAUCGGUUAAGCAUCCAGAGAAGAUCGUCGUGGUCAAUUUGGAAUUGGAAAACUUGAUAAAUGAUUCUAACCGUUCAAUUUCGACGCUUGCCAUCACCACCUUGUUGAAGACAAUGGGCGCUGGUACCGUAGAGCUGUCUGGUUUGGUUGCCGGAGGUGAGAGUGUCGACCGCUUGAUCACAAAGAUGACAACCCUUAUGGAUGAGAUCACAGAGGACUUCAAGUCAGUCAUUAUUGACGCCAUAGAAAACUUAGCCUUGAAGUUCCCUUCAAAACACAAAAAGUUGGUAGCAUUCCUCACCGACUUGUUGCGCGAUGAUGGCUCUUUGCAACUCAAGUCCAGCAUUGUUGAUGCUUUAUUCGACUUGAUUCGUUUCCUUCCAGAUGCCAGUGCCAAGCAGCUCAUCUUGAUGAACUUGUGUGAGUUUAUCGAAGAUUGUGAAUUUACUGAACUUUCUGUUCGUAUUCUCCACUUGCUAGGAGAAGAGGGACCCUCCACCGCCAAUCCUUCUUACUAUAUCAGACAUAUAUACAACCGUCUUGUGUUGGAGAACUCCAUUGUUAGAUCAUCGGCUGUUGUAUCAUUGGCAAAGUUUGCUGCUGUGUGUGGUGGCGACAUUGCUCGCAACAUAAAGAUCUUAUUGGGCCGUUGCUUGAAUGACGUUGAUGAUGAAGUGAGAGACAGAGCUGCUGUUUCAUUGGCUUUCAUUGAUCGUGCACACAAAGAGUUGAUUGUUUCAACCUCUCGCUACGACUUGGCAGUUUUGGAAAGCCAAUUGACCAACUACUUGAACGAUGAGACUAAUUUCGAUGUGAAAUUUGACAUUAAUGAAGUUCCUAUUUUGACAGAAGAAGAGUUGAAGUCUCGUCAAUACAAGACUAAGAUCGAGAAGCUUGAGAGCUCUGCCGCAGACAGUGGAGAUGACAAGGAAGGUACACCUGCUGCUAAGGCACAGGACAGCCAACAAGACGACAACGCUAACGAAUUGUUGAAAAUGCAACAAUACGCUCAAGAAAUCAGCGCCAUACCUGAAUUUGCUGCUUACGGAAAAUUGACCAAAUCUUCUUCUACUCCAACAUUCCUCACCGACAAGGAGAAUGAGUUUGUGGUAUCGGUUGUCAAACACUUUUUCAUCGAGUCGCAAAAGUUGGUAUUGCAGUACAAUAUCACAAACACAUUAAACAACCUUGUUUUGCAAGAGGUAUCUAUCGCAGCGCAGCCAGACAACGAACUUUAUGUUGAGGAUGUGGUGAUUCAAAUCGAUGAGCUCAAGCCCAAUCAAACUGGCGUUGCGUAUGUGUCGUUCACCACUCCAUCGUUGGACGAUGAAGUACUUAUUGCCGCAUUUGGAAAUACGAUGUCUUACAUCAACAGAGAGACUAUUGACAAUGAGGGUAAUUACGAUGCUUCAGACGAUGGUUGGGCCGAUGAAUACCAAAUUGAAGACUUGGAGGUGUUACCUGGUGACUUCAUUAGCCCAUUAUACAACUCCAACUUCACGGCACUUUACGAUCAAUUACCACAUGAUGCCUCAACGGUGAUAACGUUAGCUGGAAUCAAGUCGUUAGAAGCUGCGGUUGAAAAGCUCGCCAAGAACUUGGGCAUGAUGCCAUUAGAUGGUCUGGAUUACGUUUCCCCAGACACAACGUCGCAUGUGUUGAAGUUGCUUGGAAAAGAUGUAUGGGGCGGCAAAGUGGCCGCAUUGGUGCGUUUGGCUUCUACGGGAGGUAAAGUGGUGGCCAAGCUAGAGGUCAAGGCGGAGACUGAAAAUUUUGCAGCUGUUGUCGUGGACGGCGCAGCUUGA